GCAGGAGUGUGUCAUCAUAAGAUCGAAGCACGAGCUGGGUACCACGGUACCAAUACCAUCAGUAGUAACUGCUCUCCAACGUUGUGACCUGGUGAACUCGCGACUUCUGAUCUUGCAUCGGUGUGUGCGACUCCUUAUUCUUAUUAUUGUGGACCUCAUCUCCGAAGGAAGUGGUACCUAGUUGGUACUGGUAGUUAGUUGCCGGUAAAUCGCGAGGUGUGCGUGGUUUGAUUGCAGUGAUGUGUAAACAAAAUACACGAUACGAUAUGGUUCCUUGGUUUUUGAUAGUGAUCGGGGUUGUUGGAUUAUUUUUAGGGAAAGUUGAAUGUGCACCAGAGGUUAGACAGACAUCUUUUUCUUGCGCCAAUCGAAAUCCUGGCUAUUAUGCGGAUGUCACCACAGGAUGUCAGGUAUACCAUAUGUGCGACAAUGUCGGCAGACAAUUCAGUUACACGUGCCCAAACGCCACCCUCUUCCAACAGAGGAUGUUGAUUUGUGACCAUUGGUACAUGGUCAAUUGCAGUAAGGCUGUUUCAUACUACGAUGCCAAUCUUCGAAUUGGUCAAAAAGACCUACAUUUUGUAGAUGAUUCAGAAGUUAAUGCUUUUACAAGAACUCCAAGACCCGAUUUGUUAACUGCCCCAUCGACUACACUAGAAUAUAAUACUAUUUACAGACAUGGAGAACAGAAUCUAUCGCCGACUAAGUACGUAGGAGUAGAAAGCAACGAUGAAAAUUCGACGGAUCAAGCUACAUAUUUUCCUCCAAGUCACUGGUCUACCGAAAUUUCGAAACCAGUAGAUAAUAACGAAAAUCGUCGAAGGGAUUCUCAAAAUACACAACAAAAUCAUCAAAACCAACGAGUAAAUUAUCAAAAUCCACAAUCAAAUUAUCAAAAUCAACGAACCAAUUAUCAAAAUCAACGAACUAAUUAUCAAAAUCAACGAAUAAAUGAUCAAAAUCCCUCAAACAAUGAUAAUCAAAAUGAGGAAACUAAUCAAAAUACACAAGCAUCCGAUGUACAAGCAAAUAAUCAAAACCAACGAGUAAUUUAUGAAAAAACAAUUUAUCAAAAGCAACAAACAAACGUUCAAAAUCAACGACGAAUAAGUUAUAAAAAUCCAUUAGAUAAUGAUCAAAAUAUAGAAAUUAAACAAAAUUCGCAACAAUCAAAUUAUCAAAAUCAACGAGCAAACGAUCAAAAUCAAAAUGCACAAGUCACUGAUCAAACCCAACAAACAAAUCACAAUUCGGAAGACUCGAAACCAAGGGAAGACAAUCGUUACAGUAAUAAUGGAAAUCUUCAACCUGAAUACAAUUCAAUUCGAAGAAGCAGUAUGCAAAAUUCUAGCACCAAGGGAAAAUCUAUAAACGUUUAUUCAAUUAACAGCAGAAACAACGAGAUUGUGAACUUCAAAUCAAAUUUCAAAGCGACGACGCCGGUUUACCCAUCUUCAGUCAAAGACACUACUAGAACUCCCAACAACAUCGGUCUUCUACCACCUCUUUUCUCUGUACUGCGAACUGCUAUGACGCACAAACCCGAACUGCAACUAGAACUGCUACCCCCUAAAAAUCCGCAACAUGAACUAAUACUUAAUGAAGAAGGAUUAUUCCAAGAACAUCAACUUUUUUCGAAAUUUCUGUCCACAACGCCGGCUUAUCCUUCCGAAGACGAAUUAAGGGAAUUUGAACAACGCUUACACCAACCAGUCACAGUUCUUUUAGCAAGUAACUUCGAUGACUCUGGUCCUAAAGGAAUUCCUAUAAAUUUCCAAUCUAACUUUAAAGCCACCACACCCCAGUAUCCCACUUCAGUGAAUCCAACUAGUCCUGAACCGUCUGAUAUAGGAGUUUUACCUCCAAAGAACAGCAACAAUAAAGUUAAUUUUCAGUCAACAUAUAAGGCGACUACACCCAAUUAUCCUACUAUUGUAGAGCAAACUAGUCAGAAUCCUAGUGAAGCCGGAAUAUUACCUCCAAAAGAAAUCAGUAACGAAACUAAUUCAUUUCCUACUUUUAAAAUACCAACGGACGUUUUAGAACCAACAGGUCUUAACGAAAGACGUGUCGUCUUCAAAUCAAAUUUCAAAGCCACUACACCUCAAUAUCCAUCCUAUGUCGAAGCCACUAGUCAAAAUCCUAUUGAUGUCGGUUUAUUGGCUCCUAGAACAAAGGUUGUUUAUAAAUCCAAUUUUAAAGCGACCACUCCCAAAUAUCCUUCCUUCGUAGACGCUACGAGUCCUAAUCCUAGUGAUGCGGGCCUACUUGCGCCGAAAGACACCGUUGUAAACUUCCACUCCGAUUUUAAAGCUACCACUCCAAAUUAUCCCAAAUCUGUAGUCUCUACCAGCCCAGACCCAGGCCAAGCCGGUUUGCUAGCACCACAACCUUCAAACGAGGUGCAAGGACUUAAUCCUGAUGAAUAUAUCACCGAUGCCAAUAAUUUUUCAGACAAUUAUAAUCAAUUUCCGUUCAAGACCCUUGAUCCCACCAGCGAGUACAUUGAAGAAGGCGACCUACAAGAAAUUCCCGGUAUAAGAUUAUCGAAUUUCAUGAAAUCCUUCGACUACAAGCAAUGGCAAGCUUUGCGACAAGCAUUUAGGAUUCCGGAAUAUGAUUUUCCUCUGGAUUAUGCAACUAGGCCUAGCUAUAAUAGCGUUGUGAAUUCAUUUGAACCAGUUUCUUCUAAAAAAUAACUCUAUGCGUUUUUAUGCACGAGGUUCUAUGAAUGAGUUUCCAUGAAUAAGUUUCUGUGGAUGAGUUUCUAUGAAUGAGUUUCUAUGAAUGAGUUUCUAUGAAUGAGUUUCUAUGAAUAAGUUUCUAUGAAUGAGUUUCUAUGAAUGAGUUUCUAUGAAUGAGUUUCUAUGAAUGAGUUUUUACUAUGAAUGAAUUUCUAUGAACGAGUUUCUAUGAGUGAGUUUCUAUGAAUAAGUUUCUUUGAAUAAAUUUCUAUAAAUGAAUUUCUAUGAUAGAGUUUCUGUUAAUUUCUAUAAAUUAAUUCCAAUCUUUAAAUAAUAUAUAAAAAUAUCCACGUCAGAAUACUCAAAAUGCGUCAAAAUGCGUCAAAAUGCGUCAAAAUGCGCCGGAAUGUAUACAAUAUUUCGCCAUUUUAUUUUUUAUUAUUUAACACAUCGGAUGACAUUUCUUUGUCUAAAUAUGGCAUUAUUUACAAGAGGAUAGAUAUUUAUAACUUUACUGAUUCGUAGUUUCAAGAGCUCUUUGACCUAGUUAAAGUUGUCAGCAAUCAUAUUAUUGACUUCUCGGAAACCAUUACAAGUAUAUUUAGGUAAAUAAAAAAUGUUGCUGCAGUUGGAAUAGCCAAUCGGAUUGUAUAAAGGGACAUACAGUGAGCAUCAUAAGUCUAACUCGUUACUGGAGUCUUGUUAGGAAAAUCGCCGAGACACGUCGAUUUUUGAUUUCUACAAUGUACAUUUUUGUAUGAAUAGUUUACCCUUAAUUUCAUCCCUUACUUGAGGCACAGUUUAAAGAAUAUAUAUAUAUAUAUAUCAGUUGUUGCACUCUCCAUCGGGCGUUAGAUCUUUCGUGAUCAAAACCGUGCCGUGGCUAUCUGCUUUCAGGAAACGGCGUCUCUACAGGGGACUUCCAAGCGUAGGUUGGUUUCGCCCGGCGAAUAUUAGUGUACGAGGGGUUUCGCAAAUGUGAAAUAUAAAGAGAGUUAUUGAAUUACUAAAAAAUAUUUAAUCUGUAGUUUUAGCAUAUAAAGAUAAAUAUAUAUGUACAUUUUAAACUAAUAUAAAACUCGAAAUUGGACCAAAUAGGAAUCACGUAUUGAAAAAAGAAAUAGUGUCUGCAACUAGGAGUGUUAUUUGAAAAUAAUUAGAACUUUAUUUGAAAGAAUGUAGGAUCAGUAAUAAUUCUUGACUGCUCAAUGCAGGAUGAAAGGACAAAUCAUCAUUUCCCUGAAAAGGUAUCUUAGUUGUACGGAGUGAGCUGCUGUGUUACAGAACUCCACAGUUGGCUUGAUGAGCCGUGAAAAUUGGUAUGGUAUAUUGGGAUUUAGGUAUAUAUGAUAUAGGUAACUAGCUACAAUAAAACACUGGCGAAUUUAGUAAACGUUAAGCUGAGAAGCUGAAGAUAAAUAGAAAUAUAAUAGAAAAUAAACACUUAAAGCAAACUGCUUAAACUCGUAUAAUAUACCUGGACCAUUUUGGCGCAAAUAUAAAAAACUUUACAUCUUCCAAGGUCACCUCUGUUUCUAGCUUCCUUCUACAUAUGUGAGUACUCAUGGCCCUUUCCAGUGUUUUGACAGAUUCCUUUAAUGUUCUUUUUCUUGGUGAAUUUUCGGAAAGCCUUAGUGUCGUUUGGGUACCGGAUCUAAAAAUUUUAAAUUGAAUAGUACUUAUUGGAAAAAACCAGAAGGUUUCAGAAAUUAAAGAUAAUAUUAAUAUCUUUCCUCAAAACCAAUAUAUUUUGUUCAAUAAUUUUUAAUAGGAACCUAACAAUUUUCGACAAUGUGUGUUUAAAAGACCGUUUAUUUUUUCAAAGUAUUUAAACUUGAGUGGCAUUUAAAACAACAUUAACAAAUCGCAACUUGCUUCAAAAAAAAAUGUCAUUCAAUCGUAAGAAGGUGGUACUCGUCUAUUUCAGUUUUACGGUCGUUAUAUAAAGGGCAGUGUUUCAAUUACCUUUGUGAUCGGAGUAAUCAGCGUAGUCGAGGUAAGUAGUUUGAACACAUGCAUCAUUGGUUCUUGCGUUUUUUUCAACUUCAAACUGAUCGGUAAAAUUAUAGGUAGUGUGUAGUAGAAGAUAGUGAAUGUAGAUUCUGUGAGAAGGAGGACGAAACCUCCAUUUACAUUCUAACUGAAUGUGUAGCACUCCAGAAUAUAAGGACACUAUAUCAAAUAGAAGAUGGAGAUUUACCUAACUUGAAGCCACUCCAAAUCCUACACUUCCUUGAGAAACUAGGAUUGGAAGGGUCGUUAUAGGCAUUGAGAUAUUUCCUUGGUGCAUUAGCAACAGAAGGGGACACAAUAAAUCUUUUAGGUCGCAGUCUAUUAACACCCCAUUCCCAACAUAACAUAACAUAGGUAGGGUUUGAUACCGGCAUGUCAUAGACUGAUGUACUUGUGUGAAUGUUAUCUAUAAAUGUGUGAGAAAUAUUAUUUCCGUAAAAAUUAUCAAAAUACAUUUUUAAAUCUACCUUUUCCAAUUGAAUCGAUGUUUUACCUCAAAGAUGGAACAGCAUAAUUAUGGGUACGACUUCUAGAAAAGUUUACAAAACUAUCUUCAUCGAAAUGCAAAGUGCAAAUUCUAAUAGAGCUAGCUAUAACAUUGUUCUGGCGUAAAAUGAGUAUAUUUAUGGGAUCCUGUAAAGCCUAGAGUAUUUUUCCAAAUUUGGCACCUACAAAACGUUUUUAUAUUGUUUGGGAAAAGGUAAAUGUUUUGUAAACAAAUGGCUUAUUAUUUAAAUAUGUAAUUAAUUUACCACUUGUAGAUUUAAAUAUUAAAAUAUUUUUUAUCUCAAAAAAGUAGUAACCUUUGUUGAUCUUUGGGACAUCUAAAAAAUGACAAUACGCUUUGUAACCGAUUUUCACAACCAUCCACAAAACAAAUAUUUUUACCGCCCAUUUUAAUACAAAAUAAAUAACAAAGAAAAACAAAAAUUAUCUGAGACACCGUGUACACUGCGAUCACAAACGAUGCACGCAAAUAACUGGUCGACCCGAUACGGCAGAGGGUUGAUACUAGUAUGCCUUCAGUGCAGGGAUCCCAGAUGUACUAAGCCAAAAUUCGUGAGCUUGAUCAUGAAAAAAUCGUGAGAUUGUACUACGCAUGCGCAGUUUAGCUAAAUAUAUAUAGCAUUUUCGAUUUUGAUGAACUUUAUCCGAACGAAUAGCAAGGAAUGACCGACUUUUAAAUAUCAGUACAUCUCUAUCGAUAGUGUGUUACUAUCGAAAACUAUCGAUUGUUCGAUAGUUUAAAUUUACAUGUUUUUAGUAGUUUUUAAGUUAAUUUUCACGCAAUUCAAUCAAAAAACUAAACUUAAAAAUAAACCAAAUUUGUAGGAAUGCACUCAACAAAUUCAGCAAUAUAGAUAAUAAAUCUGUUUUAAAGAUUGCCCUAACUAAUUUGUUUAACGUACGCACUCACAAAUGUGACUCCUGCCUCCACCUGUUUUCUUAUGUCUCUGAUUACCUACUAAUUCUUGUUUUUUUUUUUUUUCAUUUUUUUAUUUCAAAUAUUAUUUUUUUACUAUAAGUAAAAUGUAUUGCUUUACUAUACUACGUAUCAACCGUUGAAUCAACGUUGGUAUAGUUUCGAUAGUGAUAGUACUAUUGAUAGUAACUCUUGAGACUAUGCCCCAUGCCAUUUAAAUUUUUCGAAAGGGUUGCUCCUCUCCAGUAAGGCGUGAAAUUAAGGGUGAACUAUUCAUACAAAAAUGUACAUUGUAGAAAUCAAAAAUCGACGUGCCUCGGCGAUUGUUCUAACAAGGCUCCAGUAAGACUUAUGAUGCUCACUGUAUAAAUAUACCUAUAAACGUUUUCAUUUUAUAAUUCUACGUUUGAUUUUAUCUUAAAUUAAUGUAGUACGUUGUUAAUAUUAUGGAUUAAUAUUUGAUCUUGAAAUUAGUUUACAUGCAUUUACCGGCAUUAUUAAAAUUCUUCUAUGUAUGUACAACAUUUCGUAUUUUCGUUUGUAAUUUGUAUAUUGUAUAAAUAGGGAUAGAAAUCCAUCUUUUGUGCAGAUCAUUGAACAAAUAUAUAACCAUCAGUUCACAACAAGUACUACCUUACGACUGACUGUUUACUCGCUGUAUUUGUUUACUCGCUUGCCAGCGAAUUUACUCAUCCAGUUUGAUUUAGUCAUUAACCUUGAAACGUGUGACUUUAUAAUGUUUAAUCUUUGCAAAUUUAUUUAUCGAAUGAAAUAAAUAAAUUUAUAUGUAGGUUUUAAAAAAUUUUUAACUGUAUCACAAACUAUUGGAUUACCUUGUUUAGAAUAGAAUAAAAUUCAAAUUGAUUUAAAAUGGGCUUAAAUAAUUUUUGGAACGUUGAAUCCGACCUAAAUCUUUAAGCGAUUUGAAAAUUGGUUUUGAUAUUUUUUUCUAUUUUGUUUUCUGAUGAAAAUACUUUUGAUGUACACACAGGUGAAUAAUGAAGAAUUAAAAUGGUAAAAACCUAACUACUAAUUGAUCUAGAAAUAUAUCUCAAUCAUUCUUGAUUUUUUGGUAGUUUAUGUUACCAAUUUGAUUUUAGAAAAUACUAGUCAUAGAUAAAUGACAUAAAUUGUAUUUAGAUUUAAGGUAUUUUUUAAGCAUAAUUACUUUUAAGCUAUUUAUUUUUAUGACGUAAAGUAG